GAAUACACCGGUAUAAGACCUGUGAUAUCAUCCCCCCUUGCUGACACUCCCUGCGCUACCCUCGGCAUUCAAGGCCUCUUGGAUAGACUCAACACCACACUCGGGACAUCACAUACCCUCACUAGAUCCCUGUCCUCCCUUCUUAAAGACUGCAUCUCAAAGAACUACGACUUUGGCGUCGCAUAUGGCCGCCUCCGCCAGCUAUGGUACACCCGUGACUGGAGUAAUAUACGAGACACAUUUCGCGAAUUGGAAGAGGAGGACUGGGAGAUGCGACAGAAAGCGCUUGUUGGCAACCAGAUUGUCGAACCGCACUUGCCACCUCGACGGACCACUGGCCUCGGCCAAUAUCACAUGCGUGGGUGGGAUGAGGAGGAUCGGGUCGAUGUGUGGACACCCAUCAAUGGAUAUGGAUGGCCUGUUCCCAUCCCGAAAGACACCAACCUCAACCUUAUUCGUAUUGAGAUGCUCAAUCGUAGAGUGGAGUAUUAUCAUGAAGCGGAGUAUGUGUGGUUGGAUGUUCUCUGCUUGAGACAGGUCAGUGUUGGACCGGGGGAGGAUAUGCGCAUGGAAGAGUGGAAACUAGAUGUGCCCACCAUCGGAGCAAUGUAUCAAAGCUUCAAUGUGGUGUGUUACUUGAGUGGGCUGGGUCGGCCUUUGAGUCUGAAGGAGGGCGACUUGGAAAGUGACCGGUGUUGGUUUAGACGUGCAUGGACGCUACAGGAGGUCGGUAGGAGCAGGGUGAUUGUCGGGGACACACCAGAUGGACCACUGCAUGUCAAGCCAAUAGACAAUAAUGGGAACUACGGGGCUAAGCUGCUGACCGAAUUUCACAAGCAGCUACAGUCUAUCAAUCCCAUUUUGCAUGGUAGUAUGCUUGUGGCACUGGAGAGCAUGCAAAAUCGCGUGUCAACCAAUCCGGUGGACAAAGUUGCAGGACUUGCAUUUGUCAUGGGGUCCAAAAUGAUACCGGCCUACUAUGAGAGUCAAUCUCUUGAAGAGGCAUGGAUGGCACUCGUGAAUUCAGUGGAUGCACGGUUUCGAGCGGAGUUGUUCGGUUUCUAUCCUGAACCAGGAAAUGCAAGCACAAAAUGGAGACCAUCGUGGGAGCAACUUAUG